AUGGACCGCUGGCCCGAGCGGGCCCCGAUUUUGAAAAGCUGCAUACGACAGCUGGACCCCGACGUGAUCUGCUUCCAGGAGGUUCUGACAGGCGAGUUCAGGCAGGACCGGCAGCUCGUCGGCGACAGCUACUCCAUUUUCGAAUGCCGCGCCGCCCUCGACGCCGUCGCGACCAGCGGCGCCCCCGGCGCCGCCUACGCCUCCGCCGCGCGCGCGCUGCUCGCGCUCGGUGCGUGCCGCGGCGCGCUGCUCGCGGCGCCGGCGGCGGUGGAGGGGCUGCGGGAGGCGCGCGACUACUCGGGAAGCUUCUGGCGGACGCUGCGUGACGUCAGCAUCUCACCCUUUUUUGGCAACUCAAUCGCGAGCCGCCUGCCGGUGGUUGCAGCUGCAGCAAACGCGCCUGGUGGGCACGCAUAUGACAACGGCAAGGGCGCGGCCGGUGGCGGCUCCGGCGUUUGGGCGGGGACGCUGGCCCUGGGAAGCUUCCGCGCGGCCCAGCGGGUCUGCUUCGAUCUGUCUCCGCGGCUUCCGAGAUCCGCGGUCGGCAGCCCCGGCGCCAACGGCGGCGGCGGCCGGGCGGGCACGGGCGGCGACGGCGGGGGGCCGGUGACGCCGCCGGCGACGCAGGAGUUUCGCAGCAGCAGCGGCAACGGCAGCGGGAAAGUGGGCGGGGGCGGAGGGGCCGGAGGUGGUGGUGGGGCGGGUUUGAGGAUGUGGGUGGUCAACACCCACCUUGACCAUGCGACAGCGGAGACCCGAGAGGCGCAGGCGCGGGCCAUCAUUUCGUGGAUGGAGCCCGCCAAGUCAGCGGCCGGCGUGGCCGGCGUAGUCAUCACAGGCGACCUGAACGCGCCGCCUGGCGAGGCCACCCACGCCGCGCUGCGGGCGGCCGGCUACCGGUCCGCACACAUGCUCGCCAACGGGCGGGAGCCGGACGUCACAUGGCCUAGCGGAUUGGUCGCGCCACUCAUGGAUAAGGAGGGAGCCCUGACUGCCGUUUGGUGUAUCUGCUUUGUGACCCGGACCCCGUUGCUGCUGCUGCUGCUGCUGCUGCUGCCGCUGCUGCUGCUGCUGCUGCUGCUGCUGCUGCUGCUGCUGCUGCUGCUGCUGCUGCUGCUGCUGCUGCUGCUGCUGCUGCUGCGGCGGCGGCUGCUGCUGCUGCUGCUGCGGCUGCUGCUGCUGGUCUUACGAUGCACCACCAUUAUCCCUCAUGCCUCAUCAAACGUGUGCGUCAUCCCAUUCAAACUAUGA